UGUGAGAGACUGUUUCCUCGCGGAGCGGCGGCGACGUCAACAAUGUCUUUCCCUCCUUGUUUCUUGUCGUUUGUCGUCGUCUUCGUCGUCGCCAAUGCUAUUUUCACAUCGGGUUGCUCCUUCCUUCUGCUAGUUCCAACCCUCAUUUCUUCAUCUGUACGCGAUUGCCGGCCUUUUCGAUCUCCGCAAGGGCAGGGCGUUUCGACUUCCGGCCGGCGGCAAAACACCGAGCUGUUCGUGGAUUGCCAGUUGAUUUUCAUAGACGAGCCACAUUAUAGCGGCAGAAAAAAGAUCAGAUUUUGCAUAAGCAUUGUGACCCGAUGAUAUUGUUUUCUUUGCCUCGUUGACCGCUGGGAAAAUUGAUCUUGUUGGAAGCAGUCAUGGCCACAAUCUCUGACAUAGGACUUGCAGCGGCCAUUAACAUAUUAACUACCUUUGCAUUCCUUGUGGCAUUUGCUGUACUAAGGCUGCAGCCAAUAAAUGACAGGGUUUAUUUCGCUAAGUGGUAUGUUAAAGGUGUGAGAAACAGUCCGAUCCAAUCUGGAGCAUCUGUGCAGAAGUUUGUCAACCUGAAUUUUAGGUCAUACCUGAGAUUUCUUGAAUGGAUACCAGCUGCCCUUAGAAUGCCUGAACCAGAACUAAUAGAUCAUGCAGGACUUGAUUCUGUUGUUUUCUUGCGGAUAUAUUUGAUUGGGCUGAAAAUAUUUGUUCCCAUCACCAUCCUUGCAUUUUCUGUUCUUGCACCUAUCAACUGGACAAAUGACACUCUAAAAGACUCAGGCAACUUAGAACAUAGUGAGAUAGAUGCUCUCUCCAUAUCAAAUAUUCCUACAGGAUCACAGAGGUUUUGGGCCCAUUUGGGUAUGGCAUAUAUCUUUACCUUUUGGACCUGUUACAUAUUGCUUAAGGAAUAUGGGAUUGUUGUAUCCAUGAGACUACAUUUUCUUUCAUCGGCAAAACGUCGACCUGAUCAAUUUACUGUACUUGUUCAAAAUGUGCCACCUGAUCCAGAUGAGACGGUUAGCGAACUUGUUGAGCACUUUUUCCUUGUUAAUCAUCGUGAUCACUACUUGAUGCAUCAGGUUGUCUAUGAUACAAACAAACUUGGUGGGCUGGUUGAAGAGAAGAAGCAGAUGGAGAACUGGCGUGACUAUUAUGAGCUGAAAUAUGGACGCAGCCCGUCAAAGAGACCUACUUGCAAGAGUGGGUUUUGGGGACUGUUUGGCAAGAAGGUGGAUGCAAUUGAUUUUUAUACAUCUAAGAUUGAUAAACUACAUAAAGAUGAAGCUACUGAGCGAGAAAAUAUAAUAAAAAACCCGAAGUAUAUAAUGCCAACUGCAUUUGUUUCUUUCCGAACAAGAUGGGGAGCUGCUGUUUGUGCUCAGACACAGCAAACUAGAAAUCCCACCCUAUGGUUGACUGAUUGGGCUCCAGAGCCUCGUGAUGUUUACUGGCCAAAUCUAUCCAUUCCUCUUGUUUCCCUUACAAUUAGGCGAUUGAUUAUGGCAGUUACCUUCUUUUUCCUGACCUUCUUCUAUAUUGUUCCAAUAACCAUAGUACAGUCUCUUGCAAAUAUCGAGGGAAUUGAGAAGGCAGUUCCUUUUUUGAAGCCCUUGAUUGAAAUACCUGUAGUUAAGUCGUUCAUCCAAGGUUUUCUGCCGGGAAUUGCUCUGAAGAUUUUUCUUAUAUUGCUGCCAACGAUAUUGAUGAUCAUGUCGAAAUAUGAAGGGCUUAUAUCUUUGUCAUCUCUCCAGAGAAGAGCGGCAUCUAAAUAUUACAUCUUCAUAAUAAUUAACGUGCUUUUAGCAAAUAUAAUUGCUGGAACAGCAUUUCAACAGCUUGAUGCUUUCAUCCACCAGUCAGCAAAUGAAAUUCCGAAGGCAAUAGGUGUAUCUAUUCCUAUGAAAGCUACUUUCUUCAUUACAUACAUCAUGAUUGAUGGUUGGGCUGGAAUUGCUCUGGAGAUAGUGAGGUUGGUGCCUCUUAUAAUAUACCACUUGAAAAUUGCCUUCUUAGUGAAGACAGAGAAGGAUAAAGAAGAGGCAACAGAUCCAGGGUGCAUUGAGUUUGCUUCAUCGGAACCUCGAAUACAGUUGUAUUUUCUACUUGGUCUUGUAUACUCAACUGUGACGCCCUUCUUGCUUCCUUUCAUACUAAUAUUUUUCGGUCUGGCAUAUGUUGUUUUUCGCCAUCAGGUGAGCAACUUUGGGUCUGCUAAUCAUAAAUGUCUCAAUCAAGAAUACGAGAGUGCAGCAGCAUUCUGGCCAGAUGUUCAUAGGCGCAUUGUCACUGCACUGGUCGUAUCCCAACUGCUUCUAAUUGGACUUUUAAGUACAAAGAAAGCUGCUUUAACAACACCUUUCCUUAUCCCCCUACCGGUGUUGACCAUAUGGUUUCAUAGGUUUUGCAUAAACCGUUACGCGUCUGCUUUUACUAAAUAUCCACUUCAAGAAGCGAUGAUGAGAGAUAUAUUAGAACGUGCCAGGGAACCGAACUUCGAGUUGAAGACAUACCUUUUAGACGCUUAUAUUCAUCCUGCAUUCAAAACUGAGAAAAAGAAUUAUGUUUGUAUUGCCGAAGAGAUAGAACACGAGAAUGCUUUGGUGGCCACCAAGCGCAAUUCUAACAAGAACACACCAGUCUCCAGUAAGCACGCAUCAUCACCACCACCUUCCCUUCCUAUCGAAAUCCAAGAACAACUUUAAACACGCUUUAUUGUGCCCAUUGAUCUCCACUGUAAUUCAUUUUCAUUAAAAUUUGUUGAUUCUUCUCUAAUUUGAUAUCUAUGAUCAAAAUUCCAAAACUUGUGUGUCCUUUGAUGGGAGAACAAACCCCAAACUAGAAAUCUCCCAUCUUUCUGGUUGUAUUUCUUUCUGGUUGUA